AUGCCCAGCCACGCCGUGCUGCUGGCGCUUGCCCUCUGCACCCUCCUGGAAGAUGGUAUGGGCCAUCCUCCGCUGGAGUCCCACCUGGCCGCAGCCAGCGUGGAGCACCCGAGGACCAAGCGAUGUUCCUGCAACAGCUGGCUGGAUAAGGAAUGCAUUUACUUCUGUCACCUGGAUAUCAUCUGGGUCAACACACCUGGACACACCGCUCCCUAUGGCUUGGGAAGCCCGCCAAGGCGGCGCAAGAGAUCGCUCAGCAGGUGCGAGUGCUCGCACUCGCGGGACAACGGCUGUGCCACCUUCUGCCAGGUGAAGCCUGGGUACCUCCAGAGUCUGAAGCUCCCAGUGAGCUCUGGAGCAUCAGUGAAGUCUCCGCAGAGCAGUGGUGUGAGGCCUUCCCAUCAUGGCCUGCUGAGAGCUCUCAGGGAUCUUGCUGUCUCCAGUCUAUGGUUCAGCAAGCAUCAGCAUCGUUCUCAGAGGAACGCACAGCCAACAGUUUUGCCUUGGAAGAAGAACAUCUGGAAGAAGAAGAGAUAAGAAACAAGUGCAUACCAAGUUCACCAGAAGAAUUUGGAGUUCUGUGGGUGCCACUAACUCCGCUGUCGGUAGUUAGAGCUGAAGGAAAGGCCAUGAGUGGAAGGGGGAAGAAGUGGAAGUCUCCAUGCUCCUGUUGCGUGAACCAGUACUGCAUGCACUCCAGAGACUGUUGUAAAGGGAAAACUGUCUCUCUAUACAGUCAUAGAUGUGUCGUGGAGCCGAAUUGUGCCUUUUUGGAUCAGGCAAGGGUCUUGCUGGUAGAGUACUAGCUUAACUCUGCACUGGAGUCCUAGGCAGAGGGUCAGCCCGCUCUGGGCCGUUGAAUCACCUACAAACCAGAUGGCUCUGUGCAGUUCUGGACCUGGCAGCACUGACCUCAUAUCGCUGGCCUGGUCUGCUCUGCC